AUGCCGGGAACUCUCGGCGACCUGCUCACGCACACGGAGCGCCUGGCGACCGGCCCGCUGGACACCAGGUCCAGGAGCUUGGACAGCCUGGACGAUGCUCACCGCUGGCCGGAGAGGUCGUGCUGCAGCCGGCCGUGUGGCGCAUACGAGGCCGUGGAGACGGACGGCAGCCGCCGGGACGCCGGAACCUGGGAAGCGUGGCGUCCGAGUAUAAAACAGGGCGUGUCCCCGGACGAUGGACGGUUUGGCACCAGACGGACCAGCCUGCCCGCGGCUCUGCUGCUGAGCCUCCCGUGCAGGCGUGACCGGGUGAAUCCGAGGUGCCCCCGUUGCCACCAGAGCGUCCACCGCAGCCUGGAGAGGCACGGCAGGACGCCCCGCCAGACGCCCUCGGCCCCGCAGCACAGCGAUAGCGACGGCACGGGGUCCGACGGCGAGUUCACACACAGCAGGAAGGAGCGGUCCACGGUGCUGGUCCGGAGAUACCGAAAAAACAACCGCAAGGUCAUGAAGAAGGUGUGCACCGGGACCAGGGCCAUCGUCAGGACCGGUCACGUGUCGGUCACGGCGUGGCGGGCGGUCCGCGACAGGAAGCGGCGCCUGAGCGAAGGACUCUGGGAUUACAGCAGGGGGCGCCAGGCCCUCCAGCUCCGGGACUCCAGGGCGCUCCUCGUCCCUCCGGGGGUCAGACGAAUCCAGGAUCUUCCUCCUGUUGUAACCCUUCAAAUCCACCUGCUGCAUCCGGCUCAGAAGAUCCUGGCGCGGGCGCUAACACCGGCGCUAACACGGGCGCGGGCACAAUCAUGGGCGCCGACCUGCCAGCCUCACACUGAAUAUCGCAUCUGCUCGUUCAGGACGGGUUUAACCGCCCACCUGAGCGGAGCCGCGCUGGAGGCGACUGCAGCCAUCAGCACCACCAACACAAGUAACGGCAUGUUUAAAGAACGUCCGCUGUGUGGCUCCACGGUGGGCCCCUGCCCGCUCUCCUCGGGCGUGACGGGCAUCAGUAAGGAGCUGGCUGACCUGAGGCAGCUGAUCCAGUUCCCGGAGGAGAUCGCCAGCAUCCUGACGGAGCAGGAACAGCAGCUGUACCGCCGCGUGCUCCCGCUCGACUACCUGUGCUUCCUCACCAGGGACCUGACCGGGCCCGAGUGCCACAGGAGCCACCCGCACCUCAAAGCCUCGCUGUCGGCCCCGGUCAUGCCCACCCAGAGCGCCCAGCACAACGUGGUGGAGGACCUGGUGUCGCGCUUCAACGAGGUCAGUUUCUGGGUAACUUGGCUCAUCUUGACCGCCAGCUCAAUGGAGGAGAAAAGAGAAGUCUUCUCGCACCUCGUCCACGUGGCCAAAUGCUGUUGGAACAUGGGAAACUACAACGCAGUGAUGGAGUUCUUAGCUGGUCUCAGAUCUCAAAAGGUGCUGAAAAUGUGGCAGUUCAUGGACCAGGCAGACAUCGAGACCAUGCGAGGCCUGAAGGACGCCAUGGCCCAGCACGAGUCCUCGUCCGAGUAUAAGAAGGUGGUAAACCGCGCCCUGAACAUACCCGGCUGUAAGGUGGUGCCCUUCUGCGGCGUCUUCCUCAAGGAGCUUAGCGAGACUCUUGAUGGGGCUGCGAGCCUGAUUGGACUUCGUCCUGCUUUUGAUUCUCAAGAGGAUUCGAUCGAGUUCGUGUCCGAUUACAACGGCCAGCAGCACUUCCUGCACAGGGUGGGAAGCGACGGACUGCACAACUCGGAGAAGGAAGCUACCGUUAGCAACAUCCUGCAGACCAUCCGCAGCUGUAACCGCAGCCUGGAGGCCGACGAGCCGGAGGAACCCUUCCGAGAGAAGAGCAGGAACCAAUUUCUGGUUGGCGACCUUUCCGAUUCAGAAGGGGACCUGAGCGACGCGCCGCAGGAGCUGGACCUACAAAACCCAGAGGAACCAGAGGGCGCCUUCAGCCACGGCACAGAGCUGGUGCCUUGGUAUGCCCUCUCCAUUCCCGCCGACGUGCACCGCUUCCUGCUGCAGGGAGCCACGGUCAUUCACUACGAGCAGGAGAGCCACUUCACGGCUCGAUGCCUGCUCCGCCUGCAGCCCGACAACUGCACCCUGACGUGGGGCAGGCCCCCGAGCGGCCGGAACAGGUGCGCUGUGCCAGAGUCGCUACCGCAGGGCCUUGCGGGUGCUUGCGGUCUUACCGAGGGCAUCUUGGACCUGAGUGCUGUCAAGGCUGUGUUUAUGGGACACUCAGGAAUCGACAUAAACGUGGUGCGUCUGCAGAACAAGCUGUGCGGCCUGAGUGCCGAGGAGAACGGGGUUACACUGCUGUACGGUCUGCACACCACCGACAACAGGCUGCUGCACUUCGUGGCUCCGCGGCACACGGCGUCUGUGCUGUACGAGGGUCUGCAGGAGCUGAUCCGAGCCAUCAGGAUGAUGAAGAGGUUCCCUGACCAGAGGCUGCAGUGGCUGCGCAGGCAGUACGUCAGUCUUUACCAGGAGGACGGAAGAUUUGAAGGACCGACGUUGGCACAGGCCAUCGAGCUGUUCGGAGGCCGGCGCUGGAACACGGGCAGCUCGGUCAGCAGAAACACGGAGAAGAGCGCCAAUCAGAGGAACAGCCCGCUGGGCAUCAGCUCCAAUGCCAAGAAGAAGAAGAAAGCCCUGGUCAGGGGAGACAGUGGAGAUGGAACUGAUGAUGAGAUGAUCUCACGCAAGACCAAAAGCUGUAAAGAGGUCGUGAACAGAAGGUCCUCGGAUCCCCUGGAGGCAGUGGAGCAUGAGGAGAACGAAGACUCCAGCCCCUUUGGCACUCCUGGAUCUUCAUCCUCACCCAGCACCAAAACCCAGUCCCCUGGAACCUCUUCCUUCUUCUCCACUGCAAACAGCACAAACCCCACCCGGCCCCACUCCUCCCCCAAUCUACCCUGCAGUGCCAAAGGCCAGCCCGGCACGUGGAGUAGCAGGAGCUGGCACGGGCGGGGGAAAGGCUGCUUCCGUGGCUUCCAGAACCUCAUGAUCUCCGACAGCAUCAUGAGCUUUGUCGAGUUCGUGGAGCUCUUCAAGUCAUUCAGUAUCCGGAGUCGGAAGGACCUGAAGGAGCUGUUUGACAUGUAUGCUGUGCCCUGCAGUCGAUCCGGCCCAGACUCGGUGCCUCUGUACACUACGCUGAGAAUUGAUGACAAAAUAACAGGACUUCAGCCGGACCUAGACCUGCUGACCCGCAAUGGCUCUGACCUCGGCCUGUUCAUUCGCACUCGCCAGCAAAUGUCGGAAAACCAGAAGCAGAUUUCAGAUGCCAUCGCCGCUGCUAGCAUCGUGACCAACGGCACAGGCGUGGAGCACUCCUCCCUGGGCGUGCUGGGCCUCGCCAUCCCACAGCUGAACGACUUCCUGGUAAACUGCCAGCGUGAGCACCUGACCUACGACGAGAUCUUGAGCAUCAUUCAGAAAUUCGAGCCUUCGUCGAGUAUGCGUCAGAUGGGCUGGAUGUCCUUUGAAGGCUUUGCCAGGUUCCUGAUGGACAAAGACAACUUCGCCUCUAAAAACGAGGAGUCUCAAGUGAACAUGGACGAGCUGCAGUACCCGCUGUCCUACUACUACAUGGAAUCAUCACACAACACGUACCUCACCGGCCACCAGCUGAAAGGAGAAUCAUCAGUGGAACUUUACAGUCAGGUGCUGUUGCAGGGAUGUAGGAGCGUAGAGUUGGACUGCUGGGACGGGGACGACGGCAUGCCUGUCAUUUACCACGGGCACACGCUUACCACCAAAAUCCCUUUCAAGGAUGUGGUGGAGGCCAUCAACCGUGCUGCCUUCGUAAACGCUGAGAUGCCAGUGAUUUUGUCCAUUGAGAACCACUGCUCUUUGCCUCAGCAGCGCAAGAUGGCCGACAUAUUCAAGGCGGUGUUUGGAGACAAGCUGGUGACCAAGUUCCUCUUUGAAAGUGAUUUCUCGGAUGACCCGUGGCUUCCUUCUCCUUGGCAGCUCAGGGGCAAGAUUCUUCUCAAGAACAAGAAGCUUAAGGCUCAUCAGGCCCCUGUAGACAUUUUAAAGCAGAAGGCACUUCAGCUAGCACACAUGCAAGCACAAGCUAACAACGGUGGACUUGCUUCCAGCUCUCCAGGCAACAAUGAAGAAGAAGAGGAAGAGGAUGACGAGUACGACUAUGACUACGAGUCUCUGUCUGAUGCUGACGUCCUCAAUGCUUCCACUGCCUCUUAUAGCCAGGAAGAUAACAUCCUGGAGGAUAAACCCGAGGGAAAGUCGUCGAGCGAGAAGCUUCAGUACGAGUCCAACGACGAGAUGCCGAAAAGGUUUAAGAAGUCUGGGAGUAAAGUGAAGAUGUUUGACAUGGAGCUCGGCGAGGAGUUUUAUCUGCCGCAGAAUGAGAAGGAGAGCAGGCAGAUCGCUCAGGAACUUUCCGACCUCGUCAUUUACUGCCAGGCUAUCAAAUUCCCAGGUUUCUCCACCCCUUCCUCAUCAGGCUCUAAUAAAGGCAAGGAGCGUAAGAGUCGGAAGUCCAUCUUUGGCAACGCGCCAGUCCGUGGGAGCCCCGGCGAGCCGGUGACGCUGGUGCGAGGUUCGGGGAAAGCUGGUGUGGAUGGCACCCGGGCAAGCUGGGAGGAGCAGACGGUGCCAGCAGCGAGCGCGGCGCCCUCACUGAGUGCCAUUAUUCGUACGCCCAAGUGCUACCACAUCUCUUCUGUGAAUGAGAACGCUGCUAAGCGCCUGUGCCGGCGAUACUCCACCAAACUGAUCGGGCACACGGAGCGCCAGCUGCUACGCACCUACCCCGCCGCUACACGCAUCGACUCGACCAACCCAAACCCUCUAAGCUUCUGGCUGCACGGCAUCCAACUGGUCGCCCUCAACUACCAGACCGAUGACCUGCCCAUGCAGUUAAACUCGGCCUUGUUUGAGGCGAACGGUCACUGUGGCUUCGUUCUGAAACCCCCGGUGUUGUGGGAUCGUUCCUGCCCCCUGUACCAGCAGUUCAGUCCACUGGAGCGAGACCUGGAACACAUGAGUCCUGCUCACUACUCCCUCACCGUGGUAUCUGGGCAGAACGUGUGCCCGGCCAAUAGCAGCGGCAGCCCGUGUGUGGAGCUGGAGGUGCUGGGACUGCCAGUCGAUGCCUGCCACUUUCGUAGCAAGCCCAUUCAUCGUAACACGCUCAACCCCAUGUGGAACGAGAGCUUCACCUUCCAGGUUCACUUCGAGGACCUGACCUUCGUGCGCCUGGCUGUGGUGGAGAACAACAGCUCGCAGGUCACGGCCCAGAGGAUCCUGCCCCUGAAGGCCCUCAAACCCGGCUACAGACACCUUCAGCUACGCAACCAGCACAACGAGCCCCUGGAGGUCUCCAGCCUCUUCCUGUUUAGCCGCCGAACAGAGGAGACCCCUGAUGGAGGAGCACGGCUCGCCUCUGUGUUGUUCAGCACGGAGGAGAAACGAGCAGCCCGGCAGCACAAGGUGACGGUGCACGGAGCUCCAGGACCUGAACCUUUCACUGUGGUCAGCGUGAGAGAACACACCUCUGCAAAACAGCUCCUCAGUGUGCUGGUUCCUGACGCCUCCCCUGACUACAUCCUGGUUGAGGAGAAGAUACCGUGCUCAAAGGAGAAGAACGAUGCUAAGAAAGUCUCUCAGCAGCGCCCCCUGCUGUCUGACGAGAGGGUGCUCAGAACAGUGAGCGGCUGGCAUCCUGAGCAGGGCUACGUGGGCCGAAUACUUCUCAAAACCAAAGAAGAGAAUUUGAACGAGAAGAACGCAGAGAUGGAAAGACCAGAGGAGGAGAACACUGCUGUAGGAGAAGACAGUGUGUUCUUCGUGCAGGUCCAUGAUGUUUCUCCAGAACAACCUCGUACGGUCAUUAAAGCUCCACGCUACAGCACCGCACAGGACGUCAUCCAGCAGGCUCUAAGCAAAGCAAAAUACUCACUCAGCAUCCUGAGCAACCCCCACCCCACCGACUACGUCCUGGUGGAGGAGGUGGGCCGCGAGGCUCCCGGCAAGAAGUCGUCCUCGACCAAACCCACUCAGCGUGUCCUGCUGGACCAUGAGUGUGUGUUCCAGGCCCAGAGCCGGUGGAAGGGUCCCGGAAAGUUCAUCCUCAAACUGAAGGAGCAGAUGGGUCGCGAGGACAAGCGCAAGUGCGUGUCGUUCGCCAGCGAGCUGCGGAAGCUGACGGGCCGCAGUCGCAGCGUGACGAUGAACGGGCCCGGCUCGAGCGAGACGGCUCACAGUAAGGAGGAGCGCAGCGUUGUGCCUCUGCCCGACGUUUUGGACUGAACCGCACGCUCACCGACCUGUGUGUGUGUGUGUGUUUGUGUGUGCAGUGCAUGGAGUCUCGGCCAGGUUCUCUCUUGUCGUCGGGACUGAAGGCGUUGGCGGCCGAGGGCUGGCUGGGGCCCCUGACCCCUCGGACCCCCUCCACAUGGCCCCUCUCCCUGCUGUGGAACUGGAAGCUGCACAAGUGAGUCUGAAUUCCGGAGCGUCCCGACCUCCCACCAAGCCUCGCACAUGGGCCUCGACGGCACGACCUCGUGCAUCAUGGGAGAUGUAGCAUUAGCCGGUUAGCGCCGGUAGCUGAAGGACACAGAGGGUCACAUGGGUCGCCGGAGCUGCCUCGUGCUCACGAGUCCUUUCAGCUUGUGAAAGUCGAGCUGCCGUUCUGCACUGUUACGUGUUUGCACAUUCGGUCGCCGCAGACUCUGGUACUGUCGGAUUUAAACGACAUUUGUAUUUAUUUUGUAUUUAUAGUCUUUUCUAAAGCGUAGCGUCCUUCACCUGGCUGUCGUGAAGACUUCAGUCCACAACGCGCCGUGAUUUAUUUAUGAAGGUCGCUGCAGCGUUACAGAAUUUCUUCAUAUUUAUCUUUUUAAUUCCUGUGUUUUUAAUGAACGACCACAGAACCUUUAAAACUUGAGGCAUUUUAAACAAAGGGAUCCAGUUUCGCUCUGAAAGUUGGUUCAGGAACUCAUUUUGUUUACGUGUUUAUAAUGAAGAGAAUUUAUUUUAUAUUGACGUGUUAUUAAUUGCUUUGCAGUCACAUUCUAAACCUGCAUUCCCAUCGUUUACCAUCAAAAUUCUAUCGAACCACCGAGAGGUGACCAAUUAAAAACAAACCUGACCUGACAAUCAACACUAGUUUAUUUUAGUAUUUUUACUAUUAACCAAAUCCUAUUAAUUAAUACUAAUUAAUUGGGUUUUUUGUGUGCUGGGUGUUGACAUGAAAACGAAGCACCCAGAACUCAUUUAAGUUGAUAUUUAGCCUGAAAGUGGAGUUAAACAAAUGAAAUUCGACAUGAUAAACAUUCAGGUGGCGUGUAUUAAGUAUUUUAAUAUUAUUUCUCCUGGUCAGGGUCUCAGAAGGCCCAGUUCCAUCGAGAAACAGAAAUACCCUGGACAGGGCGUCAAUCGCUCAUUAUGCACAGCUGAGAUUCGAACCCGGUUAUCAGCACCACCCGAGCGCCUUUUAUAGUAUUAAUUAUAAUUAAAAUAAUAAUAAAUAUUAAUAAAUUAAUAAUAAUAAUAAAUAUUUUAUUUAGCUGCCCUAAACAUAGUAAUUAAUGCACUUCAUCACCUGUACAGGAUCUCCAGUCAUUUCCAUUCGCGCAGACUCAGUUCUUUCUCCCUGUGCUUGCAGCCUCGUGGUGUAAAAGUGCAUCAGUAGCUUUAACUUUCUUUAACUUUCCAGUAAAUAAUUCUAUAAAUUUAAUCGCUUGUAUUUUUGAUUUGCACCGUCGUGUUUUCGUUUAUUUGGGAAAUGUCUGACUCUCGAUCUUUCCUCUGAAAAUGUUGAUUUUAUUAUUUUUAGCAUGUUGCACAAACCUUUCUGAUAAAGCACUGGCACUUCAGGUCCUCUUGACUUUAUUCAGUUAAAUUAAGGAUGCAGUUAAAUGUUCUUUUAUUGUACGUUUAUCUUUCUGACCUCCUCUGCACACGUAGAGACGUGAAGUCGUUUUAUUUGUAAUAUCGUGCUCUUAUUGACUCUUAUUUUCUGUACAGUGGAUCUAUUCUGCUUUUGCUUUUUUCCUCCUAACUCUUCACUUGACUUAACUGUAUUAUUAUUAUUAUUAUUGUUAUUUAUUUAAUAGCCCGGGUCGGCUCUCUGUGUGUUCUCUUGUAUAUAAUUAUAGUUUAUUUACAGUACAGUUUAUCUAUUAAAGUCUGGUGUUUAAUUUAUUUUGGAGGGUGUAAAUAAAUGUAUGUAGCUCAUUCAGUACCGGUGUACAUCGUUUAUACUUUUAUAUUUUAAAAUAAAAGAAUUUAUUGGUUUUGUUUUUAAGCUCUUGAUGAUCUCUGUAUUGUUCUCUGUAAGAACGUCAGUGUUCAGCACUUUUUUCUUCUCGUGUUUAGGGGUUUUGUUGGUCUCUUGUGACCUUGAUGUGACUACUGUGGAGGACGUUUUAUCAAUUUAACAAUAAAAAUAAACCUUGCAGAAGAAAA